ACCUGGGGAUGGGGCGGAAUGUUUGGCGCGAGGGUAGGGCCGCGCCGGAAAUGCCUAGAAAGGAAGGGUUAAGGCCCGGAAAGGCUUUUGAGGCUGAAGGUAUUGAUCGUGCCGCAAUGAGGAGCCGGCCGGGGGUCAGCUGUGCGGGCCCUCAAGAGAAGGGCAUGGUCAGCCAACUCCAGGACUGCUGGAUCACAGACCAAGUCUUCCAAAGUGCGGGGCCCUUUCUACUUUCUGUAUGUGGAGCCACUGAACCACUAACUUUAAAUAAGGCUGCCUGAGUGAUGGGGGAGAAGGCUUACUAAAGUUUUUUGGCUUUGUUGCAAAAGAAGGUCAAAGUUUAAUUUUUCUCCGGUGAACAAGCUUACAGAUUAAGAUUUAUGUCAUUCCAAGAAGUAAACAAACAUGCAGUUCUCCCUCCUAUCAUUAGUAGAAGUGACAAGGAGUUUUUGGAAAGCAUGCAAAGAUACAUAACUACAGAAACCGAAAGAGUGGGCUGCAAUGAGGAAGGACCUGCUGAUGAGUAUUACACCAUCUACCGAAAUGUUUUCGAUAAGGUAAUAGACUAUGUCAGUGCAUACAAGUCCAUUCUUACUUCAAUCAAAAAAGAAUAUGAUGCCUUUAUUGAGACAAUAAAGAAAGGCCGAAGAACUGCUUAUUAUCUUCAUGGAAAACUUAAAGUUUUGGCAGCAGAGCCCACAGCGUUGGUAUACCACCAGAGAAGAGCCUUUCAACUUGAAGCAAAAGUGAGAAUUAUUGAAAAUAAUUCCACAGUGAUUCAGUUGCAAAUAGAUGAGAUGAAACAGUUGAGAGCAGAGUAUGACAAGAAAGAAGUGAAGCUCUGUUCUUCUACCAGGCAGCUCUGGAGACCAAUCCCAGGGAUGACUCUUCAAGAAUCUGUCAAUUUGGAUGCUCUCAAUAAAUAUAAGCGGCAUCUUGAAGAUAAAUAUGUAAAACGUAAGCAAGCUAUGUCAACAGAGUAUGUACCAGCACAAAAGAAGGCUGACCUGGAUGAAGAAAUGGUUGUGUUACUAAAACGCCUAGAUAUAGCUGAGAGUCUGAACAAAGACCUGCAGUUUCGCCAUCAAAGACUGCAGGUUAUUUCACACACACUUACUGCAUGGAUGAAGGAUAACUUGAGAAUCCCAUUUGAAGACAUCAUGGAGAAAAUUCAGAAAACCAAUGCAAUCUUCGGUGAUGAAAUCAUUGUUGAUGAACUAUUUGAAGAUGACCCAAGCAAGACAAAAGAAGCUAUAAUUAUGCUUUACUACAUUGAAAAGUUCAAUGAAUUAAUCUCUCUUGGUGAAUAUGAGCAGGCAGCUUGUUUUGCAGCAAACAGUCCAAGAAGAAUUCUUCAAAAUAUUGGUACAAUGAAUAAAUUUAAGGCUAUUGGAAAAAUUAGAGGAAAGCCUCUCCCAUUACUCUUGUUUUUUGAGGCUAUAUUUAGUACGAGUCAUGCUUUCAAACGUCCUAUUAAUGCUGACCUAACCCUGGAGGGAAUCAAAUGUGGACUGUCUGAAAAACGGCUUGAUUUAGUUACGCACUGGGUCACCCAGGAAAAGCUGACAUUUUCUGAGAAGGCUGGGGAUAUUAUUUUUGCUUAUGGGGAGCAGAACACAUACCAGAAGCCCAGCUGUUUGGCUUUAGCUCAGCUCAUCUACAAUGAAUGUGGUCUACACAAGAAAGCUCUUCUUUGCCUGUGUAAACAGGGUCGGAUUCAUGAGGCCAUGGAACAUAUACAACAGUUCAAGGACUUUACUUCUGAUGACCUGAUACAACUAAUAACAGUGUGUCCCCAAACUGAGUUAAUUAUAUGUCUUACUCAAGAAAGGAAUGGAAAACCACCACUUUUAUCUUUUGGGCUUGCUGUCCUUCAUCUGUUUUCUGUGGAUAUGAAAAAAGUUUGCAUCAAGUUACUCCAGGAAAUCAGUAAAGGUGGGAAAGAUGUAGUAGAGCAUCUUCUGAUGAGUGAUUCAUUUUGCUCCUUGGAAAAGUGGCAAGAAAUAGCAGAUAUCUGUUUACAGAAUGGCUUUGAAAAUUUGUUUAAUGACAUCAUGUUCAUUCUUCGAUCCCAAGCUGGAGUUUCAGAAAUUUCUGAAGAUGAUUCUAUCAACUUAAUGGAGCAUGUUUUUUGGUAGUUCUAUAUUUUAGCCAGCUGAGGGCGCUUGUACAACAUUUUUAGGCAUUGGCUGGGCAAACUGGUUUUAGCAUAGUUAACAAAAAUAAAUGUUGAGUAUGACACUCUCAGCAAUAAGUCACACUUCUGUUACGAUGUUUAGGUUUGAUCUUGAUAUACCGAAACCAUUGCUUCCUUUCUACCAUGUUGUCACUUCUUAUAGCAAAUCCAAGAGUAUAACUUUGCAUAAAGAUAGCAUUUCUACUUUAGAACAAGCUAAUGUCCAAAUAGUCACACUUCUUGUCUAAUUUGAUACCUAGAACUGAAGAAGGUGUGGGUAAUGCUCUACCACUACACUGACUUUCUAAAUGUCAAAUAUUGCAAGCUUGCCUCAACAACAAAAAAAGUUGAAUAUUAUUUGAAGACUGGAUAUGCUGGGAAGAAAACGACUCAUUUUGUUCUACUGAUUCAAAGAUGGCUCCAUUCUUUGAUGUCUGUCUGUAUCUCCAUGGAGACACACACACACAUUGCAUGCAUGUACACUAACUUUUGCCAUUUAUAUAUGGUGAAGGUCAGACUCCUACUGAAGUUUAGAAUCUUGGCAUGUUUUUACUUAAAGGGAAGACUAAACAGAUUGCAAAAAAGUGAACUUUGGGUACUCUUUUUGGUUUUUCGAGACAGGGUUUCUCUGUGUAGCUUUGUGCCUUUCCUGGAACUCGCUUUGUAGACCAGGCUGGCCUCGAACUCACAGAGAUCCGCCUGGCUCUGCCUCCCGAGUGCUGGGAUUAAAGGCGUGCGCCACCAAAGCCCUGCUGAACUUUGGGUACUCUUAGGCAUGGAAAAUAUAUCUUUUUAAAAAUAAUUUUGUACUGGGUACAAUGGUAAAUGCUAAAAUCCUAGCUCUCAGGAGGCUGAGGCAGAAAGGUGAUGAGUUUGAGGUCAGCCUGGACUACAUAGUGAGAGUCUUUCAGAAACCAAACAAAAUAGAAUAAAACAAGAACAAAACAACCCCCCUUAAGACAACAAGAGGUUUUUGUUUUUUGUUUUUUUUUUUUAAUAAUUCCAAGUAUUUGAGUAAGUAUUUGAAAUUUUAGAAUUCUUUACUAUGGGUAGAUAUGAAAUUCAAAAUAUUUAAAAAUCGGUAUGGCAUGGGUACCAAUCAAGUAGAAUAGAUAUUCAACUAAUCAGAACAGCUUCCAGUUCUUGUGGUGAAUCACUGAGCUGUGUCUCCAACCCCUGGUUCUGAAAUGGAGCCUAUGCAAACUCAAGUUGCCUUUAAACUUGGUGUAUAGCUGAGAUUGGUCUAAACUUGCAAUUGUCCUGCCUCUGCCUCCUGAAAACUGGGAUUGAAAGUGUGCUUCAUCACA